AUGAUCUUCUCCAGCAUCCUGCCGGUCGCCCUCCUCGCCGCGCCCUUCGUGGCGGCCGACCCCUUUCCCAAGGAAAACGGCGGGUGCACCAAGGCCGUCGACUGCAGAGGCCAGAACAUGAAGGCGACACUCGAGAUCUGCUUAGCGUCCCAAAAAUACCAAAACAUACUCUACGCGGCGGUGCGCAGCGUGCAGGUGCAGUCGACGGAGGGCAACCGGUGGCUGAGCGGGGGCGAGACGGGCCCGUAUGAGUUCGUCGUCAGGGUGCAGUUCAACGGCAGAACGCUCGAAAAGGAGGGGACGGAGGACAAGGCGGCAUUUGCGGGCAUGCUGGGCGCAGUCGAGCUUCAGAGCGGGUUGCAGAAUAUCGAUGCGAAGGUCUCCACGACGAUCGGCGGCAAGUUUGGCAUGGAAUGCGCGCUGAAGACCCAGGACUUCCCGGCCGUUGGUUAG